GCCAUGAAGGUGAAGAAGAGCGGCGGGGCCGGGGCCGCGGCGGCCAGGACCGAGGAGGAGCUGGGCCGAAAGGCGCUCAUCGGGCCCGACGACGUGCUGGGGCUGCAGCGGGUCACCAGCGAUUAUUUGUGCACUCCUGAGGAAAAUGUUUACAAGAUAGACUUCACCAGGUUCAAAAUCCGAGACAUGGAAUCUGGCACAGUCUUGUUUGAAAUCACCAAGCCAGCAGCUUCAGAGCGGGAGCACAAUGACAGGAAGGACGUGGACCCCAACGCCGGACGCUUUGUGCGCUAUCAGUUCACGCCGGCCUUCCUCAGGCUGCGGCAAGUGGGAGCCACGGUGGAAUUCACAGUAGGGGACAAACCCAUUAAUAAUUUCCGUAUGAUUGAGCGGCACUACUUCCGUGACCAGCUGCUGAAAAGUUUUGAUUUUGAAUUUGGCUUCUGCAUCCCCAGCAGUAAAAAUACUUGUGAACACAUCUAUGAAUUCCCCCAGCUCUCGGAGGAUCUCAUUCGAGAGAUGAUCCUGCACCCCUACGAGACACAGUCGGACAGUUUCUACUUUGUAGACAACAAGCUGGUGAUGCACAACAAGGCAGAUUAUUCGUACAGUGGAGGACCUUGAGCGUGGUGGGCUGGACGGCCCCAGCCGUGCUGGCUCCCCUUCCCUCUGGAAGUCGUCAGGGAUCCCAACACCUCCAGCUCCUGCAGUGUCACCUGGACAAGGAUCCACCAACCAAGGACUCUUUGCCGCAGUAGGAGUUUCAUGACAUCUCUUUUGAGCUCUGAAGCAGACCCGGCUCUUCAGAAGUUUUAAGCUAGAAAUGAUCUUUGGAUACCACUUCCCUAAGUUCUUUUGAGUGUCUGCUUUGAAAAUGGCCUUGUGGGACCUGAGGGGUUUUGCCCUAGUUCUGUGAAUUUUAUGUUCUUGCCCUCGAGUAUCUUUUAGGAUUGCUUUCCCAAAGAAUGUAAUCAGAGAAACCACGGGAGUGGAUGGAUGCAGAGGUUUGAGUGGUUGUAUCUCUUUGUGAAUUCUUCAAAGUCCAGUUUAACUUGUCCAGCCUGUUGAAAAUAUCGAGCCAAACAUCUCACAAAGGCAAGCUUCAUCUUCAGACUGGCUCUCUCCACGAGUAUUUCAUCCUUUAGUGUCAAUCCUUCUGUGUAAUGUUCUGUUUAACCUUGGAAACACCAAAACCUGCAAUGAAGAGCAGUAGUUCAGUGACAGAGCUGUGUUAAUUGGGUGUUUUUGCAUUUACAUUCCUUUUACAUUUCAGAUGAAGGUAAAAUGGCAUUGUGGGUCUAUGAACCUCCAUAAAUACAUUCCACUGAUUUCAGUUUUUUUUUGCAGAAUAAUUAGGAAAACCAGGAGGAUUUUAGCUUUAUUUAAC